AGCGUUGAGGAUCAGGGAUGGGCUGGUUUGUUGACAGGAAGUGUGUGAGAACUGAAAGCGGGAGGAAAACUGUUGACUUUUGCGCCUUGGUAAGUCGCAACGUCGAAGUAAAUUAUGUCUUUUAAGGACGACAGCAGGCAAAGAUGCAAUGGAGGUCAAUAGUCGUGGGUCUUCUUGUUUUGAGAGUGCUGCUAAAUUGCGCGGUGUGGCUAGUGUUUGGACUGGGACCCAGCUGGGGCUUUGACUUCCCCAUUAAAUUCUCGUUCAACUUGCAUAAAAUUGAACUUCUCAAUGAUGGCGAGAGAGUCACCGUCAAAACUAACCAGUGGCCACAGCAAGUGUACGACCACAGAAACCUUCAAGCAAAGACCUGCUCCAAGAUUAAUGGGGAUUCACCCAAGAAGUCCUAUCUCAGCUUCUUUCAGGAGGGCAGAGAUGAAUAUGACAGAAAGUACAGCUCUUUCCCUGACGCGCUGAAAGUGAAAAUGAGGGGAAUGGCGCGAGACAUGUUUUAUUUCGGAUAUGAUAACUACAUGAAGUUUGCCUUUCCAGAGGAUGAACUUAACCCUAUAGCUUGUGAAGGUCGAGGGCCUGACGUCCUCAACCCGUCAAAUAUCAACAUCAACGAUGUCCUUGGAAACUACUCCUUGACCCUCAUCGAUGCUCUUGAUACGCUGUUGGUGCUUGGAAAUGUGACAGAGUUUCAUCGAGCUGUUAAACUGGUGAUUGAGACGGUGUCUUUUGAUAAGGACUCCACUGUUCAAGUCUUUGAGGCUAACAUUAGAAUCCUUGGCAGUUUGAUCUCAUCCCAUAUUCUGCUGACUGACCCACUGCAUCCUUUUGGGGACAUAGAGCUAAAGGACUAUGACAAUGAGCUGCUGCACCUGGCACAUGACCUGGCUGUUCGACUGCUACCUGCCUUUGAGAACACUGGCACAGGCAUCCCCUAUCCCAGGGUGAAUUUAAAGAAAGGUGUCCCUCCUGACAGCAUUAAUGAGACGUGUACGGCAGGGGCGGGUUCUCUGCUCGUGGAGUUUGGCAUUCUUAGCCGUUUGAUUGGCGACUCCACAUUUGAAUGGGUCGCCCGGCGGGCUGUUAAAGCUCUGUGGAACUUGAGAAGCAAUGAAACUGGGCUGUUGGGGAAUGUGGUGAACAUUCAGACUGGUCAGUGGGUGGGGAAGCAGAGCGGUCUUGGUGCCGGCAUGGACUCAUUCUAUGAGUACCUCCUUAAGUCUUACAUCUUAUUUGGAGAGAAGGAAGAUUACAUGAUGUUCUCUGCAGCUUACGAGAGCAUUCAGAGUCACCUGAGAAGAGGAAGAGAGGCGUGUAAUGAAGGGGAGGGUGACCCACCACUGUAUGUGAAUGUGAACAUGUUUAAUGGGCAGAUCAUGAACACAUGGAUUGACUCCCUGCAGGCAUUCUUCCCUGGACUACAGGUUUUGAAUGGAGAUGUUGAAAACGCCAUUUGCCUUCAUGCCUUCUACUAUGCAAUCUGGAAGCGUUUCGGGGCUCUUCCUGAGAGAUACAACUGGCAGCUUCAGGCCCCAGAUGUCCUCUUCUACCCUUUAAGACCUGAACUAGUGGAAUCCACAUACCUGCUAUAUCAGGCAACCAAGAAUCCUUUUUAUCUUCAUGUUGGGAUGGACAUCCUUGAAAGCCUUGAAAAAAAUACCAAAGUUAGGUGUGGUUAUGCCACUCUCCAUCAUGUGGUGGAUAAGUCCAAAGAAGAUCGCAUGGAGAGUUUCUUCCUCAGUGAAACCUGCAAAUACCUUUUUUUGCUCUUUGAUGAAGACAACCCACUGCACAAGUCUGAGAAUAAGUACAUCUUCACUACAGAAGGCCAUGUAGUGCCGAUAGAUCAACGCUUCAGGGAGAAAAGUUGGGAAGAGCAAUUCCCAUGUGAAGAGCCUGCCAAAGAGUCCCCAGCCAACACGAGCAACUGUGAAAGAAUUUCCGAAGAGAGACGUUAUGGGCUUCCUCUAAAGAGCAUGUACAUGAGGCAAAUCGACCACAUGGUGGGGCUGUCCUGACAUCCGUUCUGCUCCCUGGAGGUCUCAACACUUACAAACCCCCUGGAGGGGUACAAUAACUCUCCCAUCAGAGAACUUUGCAGUCUCUUUUUUUUUUCACAUGGAGUGGCAAGGUAUUUGGUCAACAAAUCAACCAGAAUGUUUUGUUGUGUUGUGAGUGUAUAUAUAUUUGGCAUGAAAAGUGUCAUUCUUAAGUUGGACCAGGUGUUUGGGUUUGGUUACAUACUCCAGCCAGCAAAGUCCACAGCAUUAAAAAAAAAGCUCAUUCAGGGAAGUUUGGCUACAGAAUCGUAAAAUCAAUCACAAAACUGUUUUAGAUUCCUAAGGCUGAUCGCCUUCUGCAUUGUGCAACAGUGUGUUACACGUUUUCUUCAGUGCCAUGUUUAAUGAAACUUGACCUAGUAUUAUUAAGGGCUCUAAUGGGUUGACAGAUGGUAUGCAUGUUUCAAUUUCCUUCUCAAGGAACAAACAUUCAAAUAAGCUUUAUACUAGAAAACAGUUGUUUAUCCAGUAUAUGUCCUUCAGGAACACGAACAGAUUGGCUUCAUUUAUAUAAAUCAAACUGCUAUCUGAUGACUUUGCAAUUUGACACAUUCUUCAUUGUUAAUUUUGUGCCUUGGUUUGCAAGGUAUAGAACACUGUGGCCUAUUCUUUUUUUGUUUGUUUAUUUGCAUGAUUCCAUAUUUCCAACUGUACCCAUUCAGAUGUUUCGGUCAGUGUAUUGUGAUAAAAUUGGAAAGGUUUUGUUAUGUAGCAUACAUAUUUGGUAAGUUUGAAAUCUUCACUCAUUCGUGUAUUUUGACAGAACAAACCUCAUAAUUUGUUACAUUUUGCACAGCUGGUCGAGGAAGUUGUGUAGAUUCUUGCUCAAUUAGGUCUAGUAAUUAGUCUCCACUCUUCUAUUUUGUGUUUAAACAAACAAGAAAAUAAUUACAUGCAUUAAAAAUCCAAAAAUGUUUUUGGACCAAAUAUUACAACAUUUUACAAAAACUUGUGCCUUUAACAAAGUUCAUUUUUCUUCAGUCCUCAGGAUCAGUAAUUUGCCAUGAUGCAGUCACUCAAGAGGUGAUAUGCAUGUAAUGUGUCAGUAACAUUGUUAACAUUUUCUCUUUUAAUGCUUCGAUGUCGGUGCAUAUGUUUUCUGAACAAAAGUCGAAAAUAAGGGAUUCUGAGAAUGAUCAUUGUGCUGUUGAGACUGAGAGAAGGAUUAAUUUCUUCGGUAAUAUAGAUUAUUUCCUUGGGGUACGUAUGGAGGAUACUCUCAGUAAUUAGGGGUUGAUAUUUAUUCUGAUUUGUUUUAUCAAAAACAAGUAUUCGAAUUAAAGUUGACUAGAAUAAUAUUGAUCGGCUUGUUGAUUUUAUGGUGAUUUAAAGAGACAAAGGUGGAUGUCUACACGGUGUAUUUUAUUAAAUCGAAAUUAAAACCAUGACUUGGCAAAACCGUUUAAGAGUCUUAACUUGAUUGAGUUGAAAUUGCAAAAGGCACGAGAUAGAAUCAGUGUGUGCUACUGUAAAAUCAUUCUAUUAAACGUAAUUGAAACUGUAAAAAUGCUUUGAAUAUUUAUAACACUGUAAUGCAAAGCCAUUGGAACAGAUUCAUUAAUAAACCUUAUUAAUAAAAGCUUUACUUUUG